AUGAAAAACUCUCUAGCUGAGAUACUCAACAAUGUUGUCAAGCUUCUUGAGGACCAGGUGCAUCAUGUCAACACACUGCCGGCCCAGCAACAUGAUACGACGUUAUUUAUGACAGAGGAUGAGCUCUUCCACAGUCUCUUCAUCCAUUAUGAGCAACCGACCAGGGAUGUUGGCAAGAUCCUUAAGCUACUUAACGAGUUCGAGGCUUCUUCUCAAGCACAAGCCCAGGAGCUUUUAUCGUGCAAUGAAUUCACCUGGUGGAUGGAAUCCGCUCAUCCGAAAAGCCUUUUCGUGCUUGGAAACUUUUGGUUACCCGGCUCCAGCAUGAUCUCACCCUUAUCUAUUCUCUGCGCCACUCUCGCCUUGAGCCUACACAUGAACGCUCGAUCUAUCGUGUUACACUUCUUCUGUGGUCUGCAUCAGCAUGGAAACGAUCCAGUCGGUGGACCAACUGGGCUUAUUCAAAGUCUGAUCGCCCAACUAAUACUGUCUGGUUCACAGUUUGACAUGAGCUUCAUUAACACACACUCCUUUAAAGAUGACAUUCGUAGCCAUUCGCUCAAGGAACUGUGUUCGACAUUUCGUGAGCUUAUCGAGCAGCUUCCUCCAACAGUGACGGUGAUCUGCAUGCUUGACAGCAUCACCAGUUUUGAAUCCAAAACGUGGGAGGCUCAGUGGGUGGACGUCAUCAACAUUCUGGACAAUAUUGUCCGCAAUGAGCGUCUCCGUCCUAUCUUUAAAAUCAUAAUAACAACCUCCUUUAUGAGGUCUGGAUUUACUGGGGAUAGGAUGAAAAUCGAUCAUCUUGUCCGACUUCAACCCAAUGUCGUCGGAGGAGAAAGAAUGUCCAUUGGGGUCACACCUAGACCCUGGCGAUCGAUGGAAGGUUAUAGGCAGCGGAUGGCGCGAGCGGACGAGUCUGACGAUGACUCGGAUUAUUAG